CUCUCUCUCUCUCUCUCUAGGAUGUCGAUCGUCAGCAUCGUUGCCAGGGAGAUCUUGGACUCCCGGGGAAACCCCACGGUGGAGGUGGACCUUCACACAGAGAAAGGUCUGUUCAGGGCGGCCGUGCCCAGCGGAGCAUCCACAGGAAUCUACGAAGCUCUGGAGCUCCGAGAUGGAGACAAGAGUCGCUACAAGGGCAAAGGUGUCUUGAAGGCAGUCGGCCACAUCAACGAUAGUCUGGCUCCAGCUCUUAUCGCCUCAGGCAUCAGUGUUGCGGAGCAGGAGCAGCUGGACAACAUGAUGAUCGAGAUGGACGGCACGGAAAACAAAUCUCAGUUCGGGGCCAACGCCAUUCUGGGCGUGUCUCUGGCGAUCUGCAAGGCCGGUGCAGCGGAGAAAGACGUCCCCCUGUACCGCCACAUAGCCGACCUGGCUGGAAACACAGAGCUGGUGCUGCCGGUUCCUGCCUUUAACGUUAUAAAUGGAGGAUCUCACGCUGGGAACAAACUGGCCAUGCAGGAGUUCAUGGUUCUGCCCGUCGGAGCCGAAUCUUUCAAGGAGGCGUUGAGGAUAGGAUCCGAGCUGUACCACACGCUGAAGGGAGUGAUCCAGGAGAAGUACGGUCAGGACGCCACCAACGUGGGCGACGAGGGCGGCUUCGCCCCCAACAUCCUGGAGAACAGCGAGGCUCUGGAUCUGCUGCAGACCGCCAUCGAGAAGGCGGGCUUCACGGACAAGGUGGUGGUCGGGAUGGACGUCGCCGCCUCAGAGUUCUACCGCGACGGCAAAUACGACCUGGACUUCAAAUCCCCCCCGGACCCCGAGAGACACAUCAGCGGGGAGGAGCUGGCCGACAUCUACCAGGGCUUCGUCAACAACUACCCAGUGGUGUCCAUCGAGGACCCGUUCGACCAGGACGACUGGGAGGCGUGGUCCCGGCUCACCGCUCGGGUCGGGAUCCAGGUGGUUGGCGACGACCUGACGGUGACCAACCCCAAGAGGAUCGAGAAGGCGGCCGAGGAGCGAGCCUGCAACUGCCUGCUGCUCAAAGUCAACCAGAUCGGCUCCGUGACCGAAGCCAUACAAGCGUGCAAACUGGCUCAGGCCAACGGGUGGGGUGUGAUGGUCAGUCAUCGCUCGGGAGAGACGGAGGACACCUUCAUCGCUGACCUGGUGGUGGGACUGUGCACCGGACAGAUCAAGACCGGCGCCCCCUGCAGAUCUGAGAGACUGGCCAAGUACAACCAGCUGAUGAGGAUUGAGGAGGAGUUGGGCGACCAGGCUCGCUUCGCAGGCCAUAACUUCAGGAACCCCAGUGCACUGUGA